AUCGAUGGCCGGCGAGAUUGACAUGGUGCCGUGUUGUAGUUGUUUAUUGGUAGAAAUUGAACGAUAAUUUAGUGUAAAGAAUCUACAAAAGCUGAUUGCAACUCUAGUGCGAAUGUUACAAGGAAUGUCACGGAUUGCUAUCGGAAGCGGCCACUGUCCCGCAACGUAUGCUAUUGUAAUUUUACGUAAACAGUGAAUGUGGCUUCUGUUCGGAGCAGUUUGCAAAGUUCGCAUCGAUAGCAUCAAAUGUCCGGAAUAGGAUGUGUUCGUAAACUACACCUGGUACAAGAAUACUCCCCGCACUGAGAGUGUAACGAGAAGGAGUGGUGCAACAAACUGUAAAGACUGUGCGUAUUAGAAUACUCGUCAUCGAUAUUAAUCGCAAUAGCUGAAUCUUCAUCCGGUCGCUCCCCAAAAAACAACAAGUUGCUGCUGAAGAUGUUUGCCGUAGGCAAUGCCUUGGUAUAGGAGUGAACGAGAAAGCGAUUGAAGGGAGCCGAACAAGAGAGGCGCACGGAAGACGAGAAACAAACAAAACACCAUCGUCUCUUGCAAGGGAAAGUGUUUUCCUUUCGGUGUGAACGUGAAACGUUUUUCGUGCCGUUGGCUGCUGCUGUUGCCAAAUUGAAUAUCGUCAGCUGCAACUGGAAAGCAUCGCACGCGUCUCCCCCCAAAAAAAAAGAUUCCAACAUUCCAAUCAACACACGCCCGUACGAUGUCGUCACUUUCGGCGAGUGCUGAAAAUUUAUCCAGCGAUCAGAAUAACGAUGGUUCCUCGAUGUGCCUCGAGUUGGCGCUCGAGGGUGAACGGCUGUGCAAAUCUGGCGAUUGUCGAGCGGGUGUGGCAUUCUUCCAGGCCGCUAUCCAGGCCGGUACGGACGAUCUGCGAACGCUCAGUGCCAUCUACAGUCAGCUGGGAAACGCAUACUUCUACCUGGGCGAUUACACGAAAGCGAUGCAGUAUCACAAGCACGACCUCACGCUCGCACGCUCGAUGAACGAUCGGUUAGGUGAGGCUAAAUCUUCCGGCAACUUGGGCAACACACUCAAGGUGAUGGGUCGGUUCGAUGAAGCGGCCAUUUUCUGCCAGCGUCAUCUGGCAAUAGCGCGCGUCCUCGAGGAUCGGCUGUCGGAGGGACGGGCUCUGUACAACCUUGGCAAUGUGUACCAUGCCAAGGGAAAGCAGCUCGGCCAGAAAGAUCCGGGCGAUUUCUCGGCCGAGGUGCAGGAUUCGCUGCUGAAAGCGGUUGACUUUUAUCAGCAAAACUUGCGGCUAAUGCGCGAGCUAAACGAUCGUGGUGCACAGGGUCGGGCGUGCGGAAAUCUCGGCAACACGUACUAUCUGCUGGGCGAGUUUGAGACGGCGAUCGAACAUCAUCAGGAGCGGUUAAGAAUAGCGCGCGAGUUUGGCGAUAAGGCGGCCGAACGGCGAGCAAACAGUAAUCUGGGCAAUUCUCACAUCUUUCUCGGUCACUUCGAGCAGGCGGCUAAUCAUUACAAGCGUACUUUAUCAUUAGCGAUCGAGCUCACGGAAAGGGCGGUAGAGGCGCAGGCGUGUUACAGUCUCGGCAAUACCUACACACUGUUGCGCGAUUUCCCCACGGCGAUCGAUUAUCAUCAGCGGCAUCUGGCCAUUGCGCAGGAGCUGGGCGAUCGUAUCGGGGAGGCACGUGCCUGCUGGAGCCUUGGCAAUGCUCACACCUCAAUCGGAAACCACGAGAAAGCGCUACACUACGCCAAUUCGCACUACCUGCUGGCGAAGGAGUUGGGCGAUAUGGUAGGCGAAAAUACGGCCAGCAUGAACAUAUCCGAUCUGCGCCGAAUGCUUGGCCUGCCGGAGCUGUUUAACACGGACAGUGUGAGUAGUGAUGCUGGUGCACAUACGGCCACCGUAGUGAAGGGACCCUCGGAUGGCGUCGACAGCGAAACAGGAACCAUGCACCGUAAUCAGCAAACGCUGCAUGGACAAACGCAUGCGACAGCAGCAAAGGUGGCGUCUCUAGCGGCAAGCAAACAGCAUCGCUUACGUCGACAAAGCAUGGAACAGCUAGACCUAAUUAAGUUAACGCCGGAUGGCAAAAAGCUGGCCCAACAUAACGUGCAGGAGAAUCAAACGACCAAUGCGCAGGUACCACCGUCCCAACCGUCGAAGGUGAAAAAGAGCGAAAACAGCUUCAAAAACAACGACGAGGAUUUCUUCGAUUUAUUAACACGAUCGCAGAGCAAGCGUAUGGACGAUCAGCGUUGCACGCUGAAGUUAACGCAUGCCGAAAGUGUUGAUUCUGCAAGGAAACCUUUGACACAACAUAACAGCAACAACCCACCGGCGGGCAAAGAGAAUAGGAACGUACUGCUGGAAAUGAUUGCACAUUUUCAAUCGGAACGAAUGGAUGAACAACGAGCCCUGUUGCCUGGAUUGAAGCGGAUAUCGCUUGGUAAUGCUAACAAUAUGAGCCAUCCCACGAAUAACAACGAGUCGGCACCCGGAUCGACCGCGAAAGAGGAUCCGGUCGCACUCGGUACACCACCGGACGAUGCGUUCCUCGAUAUGCUGAUGAGAUGUCAGGGUUCACGGAUUGAGGAACAACGUUCGGAGCUGCCAACGCCAAAUAUAACGCUCGAUGCUGAGGCGAGUGAUGUACCGGUAGUCGCACCAGCAAAAGCCACCUCGAACAGUGGCGCAACCGUACCGGAUGAGGAUUUCUUUUCGCUUAUCAUGCGCCUUCAGGGAGGCCGUAUGGAAGAUCAACGUGCCACCGUACCGCUGAACAAUAAUCUUAAUCGCAGUGGCAAUCAGGAGCAGCAACACAACCAUUCCAAUGGCAGUCUUAAUGGUAGCGGUAGCGUUAAUAAUAAUAACGGUGGUAACGGUUCAAACAGUACUGCCAACAAUGGUAACGUCACCAACGGGAAUGCACCGAACGGUGGCACCGGUAGCAGCGGUGGCAGUAGCGUUGGGAAAAGUUUAAAAUGAUUUUACUCAUUCGAUCGUUAGUGCUGUAAUGGGUCACUAGCGGUCACCAAAGUGGUUGCAGUUUUGUCAACUUUAUAGCUGAAAAAAAAAACUGAAUGAUUGGUGUUACAUAUUAUUUAAGCACACAGAAAAUGGAUAAUCGCUUUUUUGAAGGUUCCACUUUUGUGUGCGUAAAUUUAAUCUUUCGUAGAAAAGCGUACAGUUAAUUGUAACUCCAGUAUUGGAGCAUUUUAAGCAUGUCCCACGAUUUCAUAUCAUUCAAUAUCAAAUGUUUUUGGGGUGGGCGUUUGACAACAUUUUAAUGAAAAUUUUAUUCUAUUGUGGAAAGAUGGUAAUUCUAUUUUUUUGGUUAGUUUUAUCAGCAUACUGUUGCGUUCAAUAACUUUUUGAAAGACAAUUGCGUGUGAUGAGAACGAGAUCGAUGAUUAUGAAGUUAAGUCGAUGUACGUAUGUACGAAUACCCGUGCGACUAUAUUUGUCCCGUCCAUUUAUAAGCGAGCAUUUAAGUUUUUGCAUGACAAAAAAAUUUUUUUGGUUGAUUCAAACGAUUUUGUUUGACCAUUUCAGAAAUUUUUCAAAGUAGCUUUUUCUUUGUGUAGCUCCACUUUUUAGCGUGUGUUGUUUUCGAAUAUUUCUAAAAAAUUAUUGUUAUAUUUGAUAACUAUUUUUACCCCCUGGUACGGAAGCUGUGAUUUUUUUCCAAGUUUCAGAAAAAAAUUAAUCAAAUGAUGAAUGUAACCUAAAUUAUUGGACCUUAAAAGUACAAUUUAAGUUUACGGUGAGUUGUGCUUUGUAAACUAUUGUCCAAUUGUUUUAAUAGUAACGCACUGAGCUAUGCUUUAAAUGAAUUUCUUUUUGCAAUAUAUUCGGUGGAUUGAUUAUUGUGUAAUUAAAAGGUAGCAGCACCAUUCGGUUUCGUAUGACACUUUUUAUUGUAGUUAUUGUGCACUUUUAUUGAAUGAAUAUGAUUGCCAGCUACAUUCUCCCUCCCGAUAUAAUGUUUAAGUAAGCAGUAGAGCAAACCGUAUGCCAUUGGUAGUGUGUAAGAGUUAACAGGUUAAAAUGGGUUAGCAAAACUAAACCAGACUGGACCUGAUUUAGGUUUGGUUGGGAAGCUAUCUAUGCUAUGUUUAUUGAUUUAUUUUUUACAGAUUGAUAAAAAUUCUAGCAGUAAAUGUUCUUCUGAAGUAAAAAAAUAAAUGAACAUAACACAAUAUUUAAGAGAAUGAAACGAUACAGCCAUGCGUUGUACCCGCGUUAGAUGUGGCUUACAAAUAUGUGGCGCGAUGCUACACAAAUCUUCCAUUCCUACUUCCUAUUGGAGUACACUGCACCACUAGCAUUGCACAAACCCGAAGCAAACAGCGGUUCGAAUGAUCUGUGGAAGCGCUAUUCAAGCACACUCUCGUAUUGCUACCUCCGCUUCCGAAUGGGUAGGAUUAAAUGAUAUAUUAUCAUUCCGCUAAAUAGUAAGAGGGACCCCGAAGAAGGAAGGAGAAAGAGGAUCCUUUGGACGAUCCAGCCAACAUAGUAACUAGUAACGUGUAACACCUUCCAACGUAACGAAACAAAUACAACGUGCGAACUCUACCGGUAGGAACAAAACAUAAUUACUAAUCAGGUAUUAAAACAUCUCAUUUAAACAAAAAAAAAAAAAACGAUAACAUUGGAAAUCUAAACGUCCCGCCUAAUAUGCUCUCGAGUACGCAGCAGCGUUAUCUGUUGAUAUAUAUACGAAAUUUAUACAUAUUACAUACCAUUUAUACACACUACCGAUCCAUUGCGAUAUCUUUACUGGCCCGCGGAAUGCGGACUCCAAACUCCCCCUCCCUAAAAGCACUAAGUGUGUGCGUUUGCCAAAAACAUAAAUCAUGCAUGUAUUCACAUUUCUAUGAUGUACAAUCGGCCUUUGAAUGCCAUAUUUCAACGAUUCCGUAAUUUUAUAGUAAAAUUCGAAAUGGUUUAGUGCUUGCUGUAGUGUGAAAACCCGGCCAACGUUCAUAUCAUUCGCCUUUUGAUAGCUUUUGUUGUUUGUGGAGUAGAAUACAAUCUGCUGUUAAUUUAUGUUUCUGAAGUGGUACUAAAGCUAGGCAAGUUUCUACAAAUAUUUUUACGUUUUUUGGGUAGUUGGUAUGAUUGCCACAGCAUACUAAAUGAUAUGAUUUGUAUGAUGGUUCUUAUUGCUGGAUUCUUUAGUGGAGAUGAUUGAAACUAUGGAGAAACUUAAUAAGAAAGAGACACAAAUCUCCCCCCAAAGCUCGAAUAACAAUGUUCAGCGAAAGGAAACGAAUCUUAAAUCAAUACCAAUCAGAGCUCUAUUUCUAUAUUGGACAUUAUCACGAGCUGCUAAAUGAAAAUAAUGAUAAUAAAGUAUCUACAAUUUUCCAAAUCCAAUUACGCUAUACGA